CACAACUGAUUAACCUUUUCAAGACCAGUCCGUUUUGAACUGCGAACGGUGUGGGUUCUGCUCAGAUAUUAAGCGAGCAGGCGCGUAAAACAAAUGAAUGACGGUAUUAACACAUACCUGCCACGAAUAACAAAAAAACAUACAAGAGUUUCUUUCCCACUCUUGCGCUUCGUGAAGUACUACGCCCCCCUUGACACCGCUUUGGUCAGUCCUGGGCCCCUGCUAAGUUAUAAAUUGGAUCUCCCCACGGGCUGUAGGUAAUCCUUCAGCUGCCUGAUCCUCACCGGACUGCGCGCAAUAUGGCGGAAACUCGAGGGCGACGCAUCCUAAUUAUCUUCCCUUAGGGUUGCUUUGAAAACCAUUUUAUUUCCAAAACCUGCACGUCGGAGGGGACGAGCCGAUAGUUUCUUCGUCCGUGUUCAAUAUAGAGGGAUCGUGUAGCCUCAAACUAUGGAAACCGGGUUACCUUGUGCGUGUAUUGGAGAAUUCACACAAUGAGUAGCAACGCAACAGGAAUCCAGGGAUCUUCUCCCUGUUUGCAACUGCCUGCAGAUCAGGUUUUAAACUCGGGAGCGGUCAUAUUUCACGGUGGCUUUGAUCAACAAGGAUGCCCACUUGUCGUAUUUCCUGCCGAAGAGCAGAGCAAAUUAACUACUGAUCUCGCGAAAGAAGACGUUGUCAGUUUCAUAAAAUAUUUCCUGUAUCUGCAUAAUAAAUACCAGGAGAAGGAAAGUUUGAUUUCGGUGGUGCUCGAUCUCCGUCAAGCUACGCUAACGGCAGCAAAGUCUAUUGGGGAAGCCCUCUUGCUGCUUGAGCAAUGUAAGAGGACCAUUAAGACAAUAUAUGUAAUCCAGUCCAAAAAGAAGGAUGUACAUAAACAUCUUUUAAAAGUGUUAGGCCUGAGUCCCUCCAAGAAAUACAACUCAGCUCCCUAUAAGUGUGUUCUCCUGAAAGAGGUCUGUGAGCUGUAUAAUUACAUUGACCGCAGCCAGUUAACUGCUGCUCUUGGUGGUUACCUGGUUUAUUGCCACAGAAGUUGGGUGCAGUUCAUCAAGGAAAUCGACGCUUUUGUCAAGGAGUUUUUUUCAGUUGUGCAUAGGCUGCCAUCCUAUAUAGCUGCCAUCCAGGAGUUAUCUCAGCAGGAAGUUCCUCGUGGGUUCGAGGAGCUCCGACUGUACUGCUCCAGAAACGAGGCCCGGUUUCAGGCACUGAGGAGGGAUCUCGGCCUCGAUGAGUUACUGCAGCACUGCAAGCAGAUAGUGGACAAACUGCGGUUUCCAGAGAAUGAGCCCUGCUACCAGGCCAUGGCCGGGACCGCCCUGUUCACCCAGACCGCCUACGAGAUGCUGGAGAACUAUAGCAGGAUAACGGCUGCGGUGGAGAAGGUGGAGUUACUGUGGCAGCAGGCUCUGUCCAAGGCCCAGCUUCAGCUGGCGAGACUUCAGCGCAAGAGUGAAGCCCUGCAGAUCACGGAACAAAUUCGGAAAGAAAUGGAGAAUCUGCAGUCCUACAGGGUUGAGGUAGCUAAAGAUGCUACCAAAGCAGAGAUUUUCAAGUCUGAGUUUGAGGCCACAAUCUAUAAUCCUGGUUUGGCCCUGCUUCAGCGUGCCGAUGUGCUGCAGACACUCAUUGAAACCACAGUGCUCAGGGAAGGACAGAGCCAAGAGGGCUGGGCUGAAGAGUUGUACAGGGUGAAAGAAAGCUUCCGUGCUGCUGUUGAACUACCCCGACAGACCCUCAGAGCAGUGUCUGACUUUCACUACUAUUUUAAUAAAGCCAAGAGGUGGCACAGCGCAGUCCUGUCUCAGAAUUUCUUUCACGAGCCCUUGUGGAGCGGAGCCGGAGCCCGAGCCCGAGCCAGCAUGGCGGCGUGGGAACGGGAGGUGGGCGAUUUCCUGAGGCGCAACCCCGCGCCGGAGAUAGAGGAGCUGGUUCAGCUGGCGCACCUGUGCGACGCCAUUCCCGAUGUCCUCCCGCGGCAGUCGGGAAAGCAGAUCGCUCAGCGAUGCAUGCUUCUGCGGAAACUGCUGACCUCCCCAGGAGCCAUCGCUGUGCAUGACCUACAGCUGGCCCUUCAGUGGCAGCUGCAGUUUCUGAAGAGCACUGAAGUAUUGCCCCCUCAGUGCGGUGAAAAGGCGGGCGCUGAGGGUUUUGAAGGACUGGACAAGAAAAUCCCCACCGCAGAGAACACCUGUGGUUCCUUCGAGGCCUGUGGGGACACCGGAUCGACCGAUGUGCACUCUGGGGGAAACGUCCCCACCAAAGCCAUUUCUCAGAGUGAUAUCAGCUUGGACAAGUGGGAGCCAGGAAAGGGACUCUUAAGGCAAAAUUUCCCGAGCACCGCCACAGGCACCUUGGCUGUGUCUGGGAAGCCACCUUCGCUGUGCUCUUUUGACUCGGGGUUUGAUGGAGCUGGAAGCUGCCAUCUUGACGGUGCUGUGAGGGAGAGCUGGGAAGUGCCCCACAGGCCCCAGGGGGUCAGAGAAUUCUCUAGAUCGGCUGCGAGCCAGCCCCACGUUCGUGAAGACCUUUUGAGCGUUUCCGACUCGGAGGACUGCAAGGGGGAGGACGACGACGGCGGCGGGAGGAGAUCGCUGGCCAGAAUCCAGAUCGUUCCAAGGGUUCUGGUUGACUCUCUGAAUUUUGAAGUCAAGGUGAAGCGAUCUGCCAGCCGGCCUAAAAACCCGUGGCUGAGCCUUCCCCUUGAGGACCUGGAGAAUUCUUACACUGUGACCAUCACGCCAAAAAGGCCAGAGGAGGCAGACCAAAACGAGUCUCCUGGUCCUCCUGCAUCGCGGAUAUCCGAGGCGCUGGAGGCUUGUGGGAAAUUGAAAGACCAGCUAACUCAAACCGAGAGUCCUGUCUGCGAUGUGCCCUCUGGAGGAGAAGGGGCUUUCACGGAGUGUGGAAUUCAGAUGGAGGAAAAAGCCGGAGUCCUUCAGGGCCUCCUGCCUAGCUCCUCUGCACUGAGCCCGAUUUGCUGUGCUCUCUCAAGUACCCUGAAUGACAGCCUGGACCAACUGAACUUAUCUGCCGACAGAACUCUGCUCUGGGACACCUAUGACCUUCACACCACCACACCCAAAGCAGACGGCCAUCAUCAGAGACACCGAUGACCUCCACUGAGCUGGCAGAAGCAGGCGUUCUUGGCAUGGAGGGCUGCCCCCUGCCUGUCACCACCGACCCCGAGUUUCUGCA